UGCAAGAAAAAAAAAGCACUCAAAAGGGUUUUUGAGAAAGAGACAAAAGAAGACGCACAACAAGUAGCCACUCUCUCAUCUCUCACCCAUCUCUUGACACACAUACAAGUAGCCAGCCACUACUCUCUCUCCUUCUUCUUGCUCUUGGAGAUCUCUUUCUCUAUCUUCUCUACUUUUCUUUCUAGAGGACAACUGUGACAUUUCUUUGUCUGAACGCAUCUAUGGCUGAUCUGGUUCUUUCGCUUCUCCUUCUAGCCAUGGCUGGCCAUUCUAGUGCCUCAUGGUGUGUGUGCAAAACAGGGCUGAGUGAUACAGUGCUACAGAACACCCUAGACUAUGCCUGUGGCAAUGGAGCAGACUGUAAUCCCACUCACCCAAAAGCACCUUGCUUUGACCCUGACAAUGUUAGGUCUCAUUGCAGCUAUGCUGUCAAUAGCUUCUUCCAAAAGAAGCAUCAAGCUCCAGGCACUUGUGAUUUCAGUGGCACUGCCACUCCAACUAACUCUGAUCCAAGUUACUCAGGAUGCACCUUCCCUACUAGUGCCAGUGGCUCCGGUGGUAGCACCACCGUGACACCAGGCACAACCAAUCCAAAAGGCACCUCAACCAGCACCACAUUUCCUGGUGGCAAUGGCAACAGUCCUCCUUAUUCAGGAACCUCGACCAAUGGAGUUUUUGGAAACAAUAGCACUGGGAUUAACCCGGACUACUCCACGACAGACAGCAGCGCGUUUGCUCUCAAGAACUCGAGCACAUUUCUCACCUGCCUUCUCUUGAUCGCUUUGAGUGGAUUCUCUUCUUUCUCGAUGCUCUAAGAAUGUUUAAUGUUUCUCUGGUUUUGUUUGGUGCACUUAUUGUCUCAAGGACAUUUGAGUCUAGCUUAGUGGUAAAAUCUCUGCCUGUUUGUUUUGAGUCUCUUUCUCUAUGGUAUGUUCUUGUUGUAAGAAGAUUUCGUCUCAUGCUUUCAACUCUUAUCUUUUUAGACUG